AGUAAAGAAGUCGAGUGAAACAGGCACGCUUCUCGUAUCUACGAGUGGUAGGGGAUUUACAAUCACUCCUUUUCUCAGGUGCAUUUAAACAACAGACAUGAUUCAAUCACCAAAUCAGCGAGUACUGCAAUGGGCAACUUUCGCAAGAAUCUGGUGGCUGUAUGAUGCACAUAUGCAGUGCCCAUUCAAGUCAUCAAACAAAAUUGCACACUAUCUACAAGGGAAACACAAACCAGUUUAUCACCCUUUGAGUCAAAUUGGAGAUCAUGUUGUGGUCAUAAAUUCCAGACAUAUAGCACUGAGGGAUGAUUUGUGGAGAACAUUUAUAUUUUCAAGCCACACAGGUUAUCGCCGUGGAUUUACCCAAAGAAGAGCUUGGGUUGUACAUGAGGAAGACCCAACUGAGAUAAUUAGGAAGUCUGUGUAUAGCAGACUACCAGGGAAUUUACUGAGGAAAGGACACAUGGCAAGGUUACACAUUUACCCAGAUGAAAAUGUCCCACCAGACAUUUUGAAGAAUGUGACUGAUCAGCUAUACCCUAUUUUAUCCAUACCCAAGAGAUUAGACCAAUAUACCGAAGAAGAAGUUAGGAACUUUCCAAAACUUUUUGAUUGGCCUGAAGAUCACAAGUUGCACCCAGGGAAACCUGUGGAGCGACGAGGAAAGAAACCAGUUAAAGCAAGUGAGGAAAAUACAUAGCGAAAUAUCAAGAGAAGUGGGCUGGUAAAAGCAAGGCCCUGAUCAGGGCUCAUAACAAACCUGUGUUUUUUCCCCUUUUUUAAAUUACAAGCAUGCAGUAGAUUCUACAUUAGCAGUUGGUUUGUUUCCCCUAUGUUUGGCCUUUUGCCAUAUCAAAGGCUGAUUGACCCAUAUUGUAGCCCUAUCUAUAAUUUUGUUCUCCACUCAACAUGUGUUAAUAAAUGGAAAAUUAUGGAGAAAGGAAAAGGAGAACUGUAAUUUUUUUCUUUAAAAAAUGGGGAACUUCAUCAUGUUUGAGAGAACAAGUAUAGUAGGGUAUAAGAAGGGGAUGUACAUGUGGUAACAAUAAUAAUGUUGAUAACUGUGGGUCAACAUUUUCUGAGAAUUUUCCAUAAAACUGGCUUUGUUUGAGACGGUGUGCAAAAUAUGUCAACUGAAAAAUAAAGCUGUAAGAAGGAAACAGUCUUUACUAAUAAAUUCUUUAUUCUUCGAAUUAUACAAAACUGUUGAGGAGUUUAAACUGGCAAAAAUAUCCAAGUGGUAUCAUUUUAUACUUGCAAAUAAACAUGCUGCAUUGUGA